AAAAUAAAAUUGAAACAAAAAAGAAACGAGAGAGAGAGAGAGAGAUACAACAAGACGAGGGAGAGAGGGCAUUGAACAGAACUUUACCACUUUUACGUUUCGCACGCAUCGACGGCAGAAAAUAGGAGCAGGACGGAGUACGGCAAAGCCACAACAGAAAGGCAAGACAAGAAGAAGCUGAGAGAGAAAGCAAAAAAACACAAAAAACCCAGCAAAGAUAACUCACUUGGAAUAACCAUGGAGAUAAAAGAUGGUAUCAAAAAAUGAGCUAGAUGAGUGUCCAAGAAGAAGAAGAAGAAGAGAAGCUUUAUUUUAAGCUCUCUAUGUGUGUUCUCCAAGCUUUAUUACUAACAACUUGUCUCCUCUAAAAAAAUCAGACUUUGAUUUUUGAAGUUUUUUUUUUUUUGUCUCCUGUUGCAACUAACCCCCUUUCCUCGGCAAAGUAUUAAACUCUGAAAGAGUUAGUCGUAGCUGGUAGUGGUGGGGUGGGGUAGUUUCUUGAUUUUCUUGAAAAUAAAUAGGAGAUAUCUUGGUUUAUUCAGUUCUUUUUUCUUAUUGUUGAUUUUGUUAAAUGAAGGCCAUGCCCCUACCCUUUGAGAACUUUCAAGGGAAGGGGCUGCCAGAUUUCUCUUCUUCUUCUACUACUUCCUCUCCAGAUCCAUUCCAUCAACACCACCACAAGUGGCAAAACAAAGAAAGUUGUGGUUUUCUUGUGGGCAGUACUGAGCCCACAUCUGUGCUUGACACAAUAAGUAGACAAAGCCCGCCAACAUCCUCCUCAACAGUGUCUUCUUCUCAAGGCGGAGGUGGCGGCGGAGGAGCCUCCACCGAAACCACCAACGGCGUGGCAGCUGCUGGUGGAAGCAGCCCUAGUGUAGAUGAAAAAUGCGGGCCGCAACUUGGAAUGGAGGACUGGGAGAGUGUGUUGUCAGGGUCUCCUAGUCAAGAACAGUCCAUAAUAAGGCUAAUUAUGGGUGAUAUCGAGGACCCAGCUUUAGGACUUAACAAGCUGUUACAAAGUGGAAGUAGGUCUCAAGAUACGGAGCUUAAUGCAUCAGGUUUCGGCGUGGUAGAUCAAGUUUUUGGCUUUGAAGUACCCAAUAUGUGUACUGCAAGUGCCAACUUGGUUGUCAACAACAACAAUAUUGACCCUUCAAUCCAUGGGAUCAGUCUUUUGCCAGGUUUGUUUCAGCAACACCACCAGCAGGCAGCAUUUGAUCAAGACGUGAAGCCUCAGAUUUUGAAUCCUGGGGCGAUAACCAACCAAAAUCAACAUCAGUUUGUGCAAAACCCAGCUAUGCUUUUGCCAUUGUCAUAUGCACAAUUAGAAGAGCAUCAUAAUAACCUGCAUUUCUUAUCACCACCGCCAUUGAAAAGGCUGAAUUCUGGGCAUGUUGGAGCCAAUUAUAUGCCCAAAGUCUUUGAUUUGAGGCCUCCAGAGUUGUUUCUUCCGCUACAACAGCAGCAGCAGCAGCAGAAUCAUCAGUUUCAAAUGAUGCAGCAGCAAAGGCAGGGAAUGAUUACGAAGCAGAAAAUUGCAAUUGAUGAAUUGGCAAGCCAGCAGCAGCUUCAACACGCAAUAAUAAACCCGAUAUGUCAAGCAGCAGAGCUGAUCGAAACUGGGAAUCCGGUACUUGCGCAAGGGAUAUUGGCGCGGCUCAAUCACCAGCUCUCUGUUCCAAUCGGUAAGCCUUAUCAAAGGACUGCUUUUUACUUCAAGGAGGCCUUGCAAUUACUUCUCAAUAUGAACAAUAACAACUCUAUUGGUACUGUUUGUAACCCGAUUUUCAAGAUUGGUGCUUAUAAAUCCUUCUCUGAGAUCUCACCGAUCCUUCAGUUUGCAAAUUUUACUUGUAACCAAGCCCUUCUUGAAGCUUUUGAGGGGUUUGAGAGAAUUCACGUUGUUGAUUUUGAUAUUGGGUAUGGUGGGCAGUGGGCUUCUCUUAUGCAAGAACUGGCUUUGAGGAAUGGAGGCGCCCCUUCUCUUAAAAUCACUGCUUUUGUUUCUCCUUCCUCACAUGAUGAGCUUGAGCUUGAGCUUGGUUUUACUCAAGAAAAUUUAAGAAUCUUUGCUAGUGAAAUCAACAUGCCAUUCGAGCUUGAAAUUUUAAGCCUUGAAUCCUUGGGCUCUGGUUCUUGGCCAAUGACUCUUUGCACAUUGGGCAAGGAAGUAAUUGCUGUGAAUCUUCCACUUGGCGUCUUUUCUAAUUACCCAUCAACUCUUCCUGUUGUGCUUCGCUUUGUAAAGCAGCUCUCGCCCAAAGUUGUGGUCUCUUUGGACAGUGGUUGUGACCGAAGUGAUCUCCCAUUUGCUCAUCAUAUAAAUCAUGCCAUUCAAUCUUAUACAAGCCUGCUUGAAUCACUUGAUGCUGUGAAUGUGAACUUAGAUAUACUGCAAAAGAUUGAGAGGUUCUUGGUCCAACCAGGCAUUGAAAGAAUGGUACUGGGUCGACAUGGUUGCUCUGAUAGGACGACCCCUUGGAGGAGUCUGUUUUUGCAGUCUGGUUUCACUCCAUUGACUUUCAGUAACUUUACUGAGUCACAAGCUGAGUGUUUGGUGCAACGUACUCCUGUUAAGGGUUUCCAUGUUGAAAAGAAGCAGUCUUCACUUGUUCUUUGCUGGCAACAGAGGGACCUCGUAUCAGUUUCUGCUUGGAGCUGUUAAGAAACGAGAAUUAGCAUUUUGGAUAUUGGUUCAAAGGUGCACAGCUCAUAACCCCCCGUUUAAUUUCUUAUCUUUUUGAAUUUUGUUCUCCGGUUCGCUUUCGCCAAUUGUCUAUGUGCUAUAGGCCUACUAUUUCCCAUCAAGAAACUGAAGAUUUUAGUAACUGGAUGGGUGUACAGUUCUCAGUUGCUGUCACUUCAGUUAUCUGCUCAUAGCUGGUUUUAAGGUGGUAAUUGUUUGUUGUGCAUCUUUGGCAGUUUUGCUGAAGUAGGUUUUUUCCUCGAUUUGAUUCAUGACUCAUCUUCUGUUUAGUUUUAACGACUUGUCCAGAGUUUGCUAGUUCUCUUCGCAGAUACUCUUGUUUGUGAUGUUCAAAGUGAUUAUAUUCUUACAUGAUUUAGUUUAAGAAA